AAAAAAAAAAAAAAAAAACCUGCGGACCCGAGGUCGCCUACCCGUCGCUACAACUUGUAGCCUACAAGUGAUAAGUCGUGGAAGACAAUUCUCCUUCUCGGAGACGGAGAAAGGGUGCGCGGGUUAACUAAUCGUGUGCCCCUCGCGCGCCAUAGAAACAGCCUCUUCGCUAAAACAUCCCUAGUCUCGUUAGGACUGUCGCUGAAGCAACAGCAACCAAUUAAAGCUGCAAAACCCUCACACGGGAGAGAGAGGGGUUUCGGUUCUGCGAAUCUAGGUUUAAGAAAAAUCCGAAUAAGUUAAUCCGAAACUCCGAUACGUGAAUUUGAUUCAUUUUGACCACUGUAAUAUCUAAAUUCGAUAAAAUUGCCCUAAUUUACACAUAUACAAUUGCAUGGAGGAAGACGAAGACAGGAUUUUGUUGGACAGUUUGGGCGUAACGUCGGCAAACCCUGAAGAUAUCGAGAGAGACAUUUUAUCAGGGGCGCAGAACAAUGGCAAUGCCAGUGAAGUUGGAGGGAGUACUGAGGAGGAGCCUCUUGAGAGAUCAGAAAGUAUCGAUCCAUUGGCGGCCAGCCAGGCCAAACUCUAUAACAAAUUGAGGGCAGUUGAGUUUGAAAUUGAUGCCGUUGCCUCCACUGUUGAACCUGAACAAGCGGGGAAUGAAGGCGCUGCUUGUGAUAGUGAUGAUGAUGGCGUGGAACCCGGGGAUAAGGAGGACCUUGAUCAGGCUUCUGCUACUGGGUUGAACCUUCAGCAUGCCUUAGCUACUGAUCGACUGAGAAGUCUAAAGGAAACAAAGGCUAAACUUGAGAAAGAGCUUUCAGAUUUGGACAAGCAAAGACCUUCCAAGGGUAAACAGCGUGACAAAGUCUUAUCAGAUAUUGUCAAGGAAAAGCCUGCACCCAAGAGGAAGUUGAAACAAGUUAAGAAAUCUGGAAAAAAUCUAGAAAAGAGGCUUAAAACAGUCUCAUUUGACGAGGAUGAUGACUUCGAUGCUGUGUUGGAUGCAGCAUCUGCAGGCUUUGUUGAAACAGAAAGGGAUGAAUUAGUUCGAAAAGGAAUUUUAACUCCUUUCCAUAAGCUCAACGGCUUUGAACGCCGCCUUCAAGAACUAGGGCCAUCUCAGAGGCGUAACGUUCCUGCAGAAGAACACAGGAGUAAUGAUUUUGCUUCAGCCAGUGUUGCUAGAGCAGUGCAGUCAAUUUCGGAGGCUGCUCAAGCUCGCCCAUCCACCAAGCUGCUUGAUCCAGAAGCUCUACCAAAGCUUAAUCCACCCACUUAUCCUUUUAAGAGGCUAAAAAAACCUCUUAAGAUUCCUCAAUCCCUAGAAAAUGAUACACACAAGAAUAAAAGUUCAAGAUUAAGAAGGAAGCGCCCUUUGCCUGAUAAAAGAUGGAGAAAGCUCAGUAAUCUCGAGGAAACGCACGUGCAUGAAAAUGAAGACACUCCCAGUUGUGAAGAAGAAAACCAAGAGGAUGUUGGAGAUGUAGAUGAUAAUGAGUAUACUUAUGUUACCUUGGAAGGGGGGCUGAAAAUCCCAGAGCACAUUUUUAACCAACUUUUUGACUAUCAAAAGGUAGGCGUCCAGUGGCUAUGGGAACUACAUUGCCAAAAAGCAGGCGGAAUUAUUGGAGAUGAGAUGGGUCUUGGUAAAACCAUCCAGGUCUUGUCCUUCCUUGGUGCAUUGCAUUUCAGUGGCAUGUAUAAACCAAGCAUCGUUGUCUGCCCAGUUACACUUUUGCGCCAAUGGAAAAGGGAGUCUCAAAAAUGGUACCCAAGCUUUCAUGUGGAGUUACUUCACGAUUCUGCUCAGGAUCCUGCCGGUAGGAAAAAACGAUCCAAAUCUAAUGAAAGUGAUUCUGAUAGUGAAGGUUCACUGGACAGUGAUUAUGAGAAACCGGCAUUAUCCAAAAGCACUAAGAAAUGGGAUUCCUUGAUUAACCGUGUUUUGAGGUCAGAAUCUGGGUUGCUAAUUACAACUUAUGAGCAACUCCGUAUUGUAGGGGAAAGUUUGCUUGACAUUGAUUGGGGUUAUGCAGUUUUGGAUGAAGGACACCGAAUUCGGAACCCAAAUGCAGAAAUUACUCUAGUUUGUAAACAGUUACAAACAGUACAUCGUAUAAUAAUGACGGGUGCACCAAUUCAGAACAAGCUGACUGAACUGUGGUCCUUGUUUGAUUUUGUUUUCCCUGGAAAGUUGGGGGUCCUGCCCAUAUUUGAGGCUGAGUUUUCAGUUCCCAUAUCUGUUGGUGGUUAUGCGAAUGCCUCACCAUUACAAGUAUCCACAGCAUACAGGUGUGCUGUGGUUCUGCGAGAUUUGAUCAUGCCGUAUCUCCUCCGGCGCAUGAAGGCAGAUGUGAAUGCCCAGCUUCCUAAGAAGACUGAACAUGUCAUAUUUUGCAGCCUCGCUGCUGAGCAACGUUCUGCAUAUAGAGCAUUUCUGGCUAGUUCUGAUGUGGAACAGAUUAUGGAUGGUAAUAGGAAUUCUCUUUAUGGAAUUGAUGUCAUGCGUAAGAUUUGCAACCACCCUGAUCUGCUUGAGAGGGAACACUCCGGCCAGAAUCCAGAUUAUGGUAAUCUCGAACGCAGUGGAAAAUUGAAAGUUGUUUCUCAAGUCCUUAAAGUUUGGAAGGAUCAAGGUCAUCGUGUUCUUCUUUUUACGCAAACGCAACAAAUGCUUGACAUUAUUGAAAGUUUUCUGGUUUCUGGUGGUUAUAGCUACCGGAGGAUGGAUGGUCUUACUCCCAUCAGACAGAGAAUGGCCUUAAUAGAUGAAUUUAACAACUCAAGUGAUGUGUUUGUUUUCAUUCUGACAACUAAGGUUGGUGGUUUAGGGACAAAUCUGACAGGUGCUAAUAGGGUGAUCAUCUUUGAUCCUGACUGGAACCCAUCCACUGACAUGCAGGCAAGAGAGCGUGCUUGGCGUAUUGGUCAGAAGCGGGAUGUGACUGUAUAUAGAUUGAUCACCCGUGGAACCAUAGAGGAGAAGGUGUAUCAUAGACAGAUUUACAAGCAUUUUCUCACCAAUAAGAUAUUAAAAAACCCACAGCAGAGAAGGUUCUUUAAAGCUCGAGAUAUGAAGGAUCUCUUCACUCUGAAUGAUGAGGGUGAGAGUGGGACUACUGAAACAGCUAAUCUGUUCGGUCAGUUGUCUGAAGAUGCCAAUGUUGUUGGUACACAGAAUGACAAGCACAAUAAGCAAGAAUCUCAGAAAGUCUCUGUACCGCUUGCCAAUGGUGCUGGGGCUGACAAGGGGAAGAACUCAGAGGUUGGACCGUCCAGGAGGAAUGGGAAAGAAAAAGCUGACCACAGCAAUGAUGAAGUAGAUGAAGAAACAAAUAUUCUGAGGUGCCUAUUUGACGCCCAAGGGAUACAUAGUGCUAUGAAUCAUGAUAUGAUCAUGAAUGCGCAUGAUGAAGAGAAGAUGAAGCUUGAUGAACAAGCUUCCCGAGUUGCACAAAGAGCAGCAGAAGCACUGCGCCAGUCACGGAUGCUUCGAAGCCGUGAUAGUGUGUCUGUCCCCACAUGGACUGGGAAAUCAGGAAUGGCUGGCGCACCAUCAUCUGUCCGUGGGAAAUUUGGUUCAACUGUGAAUUCCCAGUUGAUCAAUAAUACCAAACGCUCAGAUGAAGUUUCCAACAAUGGAACAAAUGGUGUUGCAGGGGCAUCUGCUGGGAAGGCAUUAUCUUCUGCUGAAUUACUGGCAAGAAUUCGAGGAAAGGAGGAAAAAGCUGUUGAAGCUGGAAUUGAGCAUCAGUUUGGGUUGGCUUCUAGUUCUAACAGAGCAAAAUCUGUAGAUGUUGGACCUUCUAGGUCGUCUCACAAAUUAGGUGGGGUGCAACCUGAAGUACUGAUUCGUCAGAUCUGUACAUUUAUCCAACAAAGCGGAGGAAGUACGAGUUCUUCAAGCAUAGUGCAGCAUUUUAAGGACAGAAUACCCUCAAAGGAUCUUCCCUUGUUUAAGAAUCUUCUGAAGGAAAUAGCCAAACUAGAGAAAACCCCAAACGGAUCAGUUUGGGUUCUAAAGCCAGAGUUUCACCAGCAGUGAUCUCAAUCUCAACCUCCGAUUCAUUGCCUGAGAUGAGAGUGCUGAUUUUUUGUGGAUAGUUGUGGGUUCUCCAAAUAUCCGGAGUUUAUUUGGAGCAAUGUUCAUUUGUGAUCCCUGAAAUCUUCCUAGUAGGUCACUUUUUUUUUUCCUCCCAGUUUCCUCCAUUCUCAUUGUUGUUAAUAUCUUCAGUAGGGCAAAGGUGACAAGAAAUUUCAUAGUUUUUUUUGGGUACGUCCUCGAACCAUUUUAAUCAAAACCACACAGAAUAGAGACAUUUUCUCUGUACAGUAAUUUAUGGAGUUCUGAGAAUUUCCUCUUUCCAUGUUUUGGAGGCAAUUGAACAAUGUUGCCCGAUAGAGUGCUUUGGGCUACUUGGGUGUAGAUGAUAGACGGUAUAGAGAGUUCUUUUCCCCUCUUUGAAAAA